CUUCCGCCCCGCCCCCGGGCCGGAAGUGCGGCGCCGCCACGGUCCCUCCGCACCCCUCGGCUGGUCGCAGUAGCUGAUCGCAGUAGCUGAUCGGGUCCUCUGGUGCGUGCAUCCUCGGAGCUGAUUUAAACCACCACCAUGUCGAGCAAAAAGGCCAAGACCAAAACCACCAAGAAGCGCCCUCAGCGCGCAACAUCCAAUGUGUUCGCCAUGUUUGACCAGUCCCAGAUCCAAGAGUUCAAAGAGGCCUUCAACAUGAUCGACCAGAACCGGGAUGGCUUCAUCGACAAGGAGGACUUGCACGACAUGCUUGCUUCUCUAGGGAAGAAUCCCACCGACGCCUACCUGGAUGCCAUGAUGAAUGAGGCCCCGGGACCCAUCAACUUCACCAUGUUCCUCACCAUGUUUGGAGAGAAGUUGAAUGGCACAGACCCCGAAGAUGUCAUCAGAAAUGCCUUCGCUUGCUUUGACGAGGAAGCAACAGGCACCAUCCAGGAGGAUUACCUGAGGGAACUGCUGACCACCAUGGGCGAUCGCUUCACAGAUGAGGAAGUGGAUGAGCUGUACCGGGAGGCCCCCAUUGACAAAAAGGGGAAUUUCAACUACAUCGAGUUCACACGCAUCCUCAAGCACGGAGCCAAAGACAAGGACGACUGAAGAGCUCCAGCGGAAACUCCUCCUGCGUUACCUUACUCACUCUUCGUUUCUCAGACACUUCUCCCCCUUCAUAGGACCUGCUGCAUGCCACUGAGUUUCACAGCUUUGCCUCUUUUUUAAUGUAUUUAUUUCCGGCCUUUCUUUCAUUUAGCACUUGUAUAAUCAGACUGGAAAUGGGGACAAUGUUGUAAAUUGUGUUGAAAAUGAGAUGCGAAUAAAAAUCAACAAAUGUGAAAGCCCAGGAAAAUACA